AUGACCCAUAGAUUAGCAACGCCGGAAUUCCUGAAUACAGUGAAGAAGGCAUGGCCAAAAACUUCGACAGCACCGAAUCCGUGGUAUCUCAUUGCUGCGAUACCGUUCACUUACCUGAAUUUACCACAUGAAGUACCGCAUAUCGUACAUCACGCAUUGUCCGAAGAUCCGGCAGAUGGCCAUGCCGCAAGACUCUCAAUAGCCCGGAGAACGCGAGAUGCACUCUUCAAGAGUGGAAUCAACGGUGGUAUGCCAAAGGCAAUCAACGCCCUCGCCGCCCUCCACGACUCCCUCCCCCCAGAACUCAUCGACAAAGAACCCCUCCGCAAUAUCACCACCUCAACACCCCAAAUCGCCGUUCAUGGCGAAUCCUUCUUCCGCCAAACCUACGCCUCCGCCGCCCCCAUCACCCGCUCCCGCCUCUGGUCCAUUUACCCCGACCUAGGCUACUACGCAACCCGCUACACCUACGGCCAAAUAUACGGCUUCACGGAAAUACUAAAUGCGGCGGAGACGAGCUUUGUGCAGAUGGCUGCGUUGGUGAGUACGGAGGUUUGGCCGCAGGCGAGGGGGCAUUAUAGGACGAGUUUGAAUAAUGGGGCGAGUGUGGGAGAGGUUGAGAGUGUGCGGGAGAUGGUUGUUCGGUGUUGUGAGAGAGUGAAGGGGGAAGGGUGGGGAGAGAGGGUACCGGAGAUUGAUUUUGAUCAGGAUAAGAAUUCGAAGGCAUGA